AUACAUUCAUUUAUAGUCAUAUUUCUUUCAUUUUGAGAAAACUUGCAAUACAGUGGCGUUUAUCAUGAUUAAAUAACAAUCAAACUCGAAUAAAUUAUGUAAAAUGUUUGAAAUUGCACUUUAAUACUUAAUCGAUCUACGUCCUCACUAUAAUUAAGCAUCUUUACGUUUUUUGAUAGCUAUGUUACACAUAGAAGCAUUCCUUUACCUGUAUCGUUAUUAUCAGCUACCAAACAAAGAAAAAAAAACAUUCUUGAAGCUUAUUCUUCUCCGAUUUUUAGCCUGGAUUUUUCACCUUCAAACCAUGUCAAGAAACAAUUUACAUCAAUACAUUCUACACUGAUGAUUAGUAAGGUACAGAUAAAGGCAUUGUUGAACUUGAAAUUUCCCGGACACUGAUAGAGCCAAUUCAAUCUAUUAACUAGAGGGAACAAAACAGACAAU